GGGCGCGGAGCGGCCGCGGCCCCGGCGGCGUCUCCUGGCGGUCGGCGGCGCGCAGGGGCGGGCGCGGCUCCGCCAGCAACAGGGCUCGGGGCGGGAGCGCCUGCGGCUCGGGCGCCAGCCAGGGCUUUAAAACGUCAGGCCAUUAAAGCCUCGUAUUCCAGAGCUGCGAGCUCCUCUUGGUGGGGUUUGUUGAUUUUUAUUUUUUUUUUUAAUCAUUAUUUUUUUUUUUCAAUAAGCGUUACCAAAAAUCGGCACAACAAGUGGAUGAUGCGGGCAGAUGCUGGCUGAGCCGCUGCCGUCUGGACGUGUCCGGGGGGGAGAAACUGCAAGAAGCGACACCCGUCCUGCCAGCAGUGGAAACGGGUUUAGUACACGGAUUACUUAACGUUGAUUUACAAAUCUCCUGCAAAAGGUGGGCUUGGAAAGACUAGUGACCGCGCUUUCCCAUUCAUUCUGUCUCACACACACACAAACAUACCGCCUUCAUUUUUUUUUGUUUUCCUUUUGGAACAAGACUCUUGCUUGUUGCCUUUUUGCAAAUGCCUGGGCAAGCAGCAGUGGCUGUGCCGAGUGCCCCCGGCUUGAGCUGCCUCGCUGCCUCACUCUUGGAGCUCUUGUUGCACCCGGGAAGAAGGGAGGAAAAUAACUCGUCAACCUGUGGUGCUGAGUGACCAUCCACACCUGCAAAUGUGGAUCAGCUGGCACAGCCCCCUCCUCAGGACUGCUGUCACCAGAUCCUUACACUAGCAAGAACAGCAUUGCUAUUUCUCUGCCUAGGAACAGUUAAGUGCUUCUUCUGCAUGACCAUAACCAAAGGGUGACCCAUCCACUCCCCUAUGUCCUAUGGGGACCUCAGAGCCAGUUUCUCAGUCUUCAUCUCCUCCUCCUCCUCCUCCUCUUACCACUGCUGCUGACGCCCUGGGUGCUGCUCCCAGGUUUGAGACAUUGUUGACAGGCUGAAGAAAGGAUUUGCAAAGACCUCCUCACUGUGUAAAUAAAGUGGUGGCUGGAAUUAACUUCAACUCCCCAAGUAACGAUAUUAAAGAAUAAUAAGUCUUAGGCCAAAGCAUUACCAGGAUCAAAUUAUAAGGGAAGAGACUAUUUGCAUUUGGUUGCAAUGAUGAACUAAAAACCAUCUGUGGAGAGCAGGUACCCUUUGAUUUGCAUAUUUUUUUCCUCAUGAAUGCAGUCUUUGUAGCCUGCAAGGUAGUCAUGAUGCUGAUCGGAUCUGUGAUAGCCACAGGAGAUAAAUGAAAAUAAAUGGGCUUGGUGGAUGAAAGAACGAGGCCUCAGCUGUUCCCUGGUUCAAUUUGAGAGUUUCAUCUUUUCUUGUUAGCAAAACAGUAACUGGUGUCAAAUGUUCUGGACAAUAAGAAAAUGCAGAUCUGUGGUUUUCCUAAACAUGGAUUAAGUGUCACAACUAUGUUGCCCUGCUCUGAGUCCAAGGGACUGUCCUCCAAAUGCAAAUGGCUUUGAACUUUCUAUAGUGAAAAUUACACUGUAAAUAAAACAAAACCUUUUUGCGUUAAGCAAUUAAAAAAAAGUUGCAAAAUGGAGGUUGCAAUGGUGAGCGCAGACAGCUCUGGGUGCAACAGCCACAUGCCCUAUGGUUACGCGGUCCAAGUUCGGGCUCGAGAGCGGGAGCGGCUGGCACAGUCGAGAGCCGCAGCAGCCGCGGCUGUAGCGGCAGCAACAGCAGCAGUGGAAGGUGGGGCAACAGGUGGAGGUGGACCAUAUCACCACUACCAUCAGGAGCAGAGUCGAGGUGUGUCCUCCUCUCAUGGCGGGAGCACGUCGCGCAGCAGCAUGCCCCACCGCCAGAGCGGUAAGCGGCGGAAGAAAGGGAAAAAGAGGAGCCACCACUUGGGAAGCAGGGAGUGCGGGGCCUCCUUCCCCUGUUCUGAGCUGCUGCCUCUCAGUGGUUCUGAAGAGAGAAUACUGAAGGACGUGAGUGAGGAGGAAGAGGAGGAUGAAGAGGAGGAUGAAGAUGAUGAGGAAGAAGGAAAGCUCUACUACAGUGAUGACUAUGGGGAGGAUGAGUUUUCGUACUCGGACCAGCCACCUGAUGAUGGUGGAGGCCCUGGGGGUUACAGCUCUGUUCGCUACAGUGAGUACGAGUGUUGUGAGCGUGUGGUAAUCAAUGUAUCAGGACUGCGGUUUGAGACGCAACUGAAGACAUUAGCUCAGUUCCCGGAGACGUUGUUGGGUGAUCCAGCAAAGCGAGGGAGAUACUUUGACCCUCUCAGGAACGAAUACUUCUUUGAUAGGAACCGGCCCAGCUUUGAUGCCAUCCUGUACUACUACCAGAGUGGUGGUCGGCUGAAGAGGCCAGUCAAUGUACCCUUUGACAUCUUCACUGAGGAGGUGAAAUUCUACCAACUUGGGGAGGAGGCCAUGCUCAAGUUUAGGGAGGAUGAAGGGUUUGUCAAAGAGGAAGAGGACAAAGCUUUGCCGGAGAAUGAAUUUAAGAGGCAAGUUUGGCUGCUGUUCGAGUACCCGGAGAGCUCCAGUCCAGCCAGAGGCAUUGCCAUUGUCUCUGUCUUGGUCAUCUUGAUCUCCAUCGUCAUCUUUUGUCUGGAGACUUUGCCAGAGUUCAGAGAUGACAAAGAAUUCAUCAUGCCCCUGAGCUUAGGGAAGGGGCUUUCCAAUGAGUCACUUCACCUGGACGCAGGGGAGCACACCAUCUUCAAUGACCCUUUUUUCAUUGUAGAGACAGUAUGCAUCAUUUGGUUCUCCUUUGAGUUUACAGUGCGCUGCUUUGCAUGUCCAAGCAAAGCACACUUCUUCAAGAACAUCAUGAACAUCAUAGACAUUGUCUCCAUCUUGCCUUACUUCAUUACUCUGGGCACUGACUUGGCGCAGGAGCAGGGCAGUAAUGGUCAACAGGCCAUGUCUUUUGCCAUCCUGAGGAUCAUCCGUCUCGUCAGGGUGUUUCGCAUCUUCAAGCUCUCCAGACACUCCAAGGGUUUGCAGAUUCUGGGUCACACGCUGAGGGCCAGCAUGAGGGAACUUGGCCUCCUCAUCUUUUUUCUUUUUAUUGGAGUCAUUUUGUUUUCCAGUGCUGUUUACUUCGCAGAAGCUGAUGAACCUGCCACCCAUUUUCAAAGCAUCCCAGAUGCCUUUUGGUGGGCUGUAGUGACCAUGACUACAGUUGGUUAUGGGGAUAUGAAACCCAUAACUGUGGGUGGAAAAAUAGUUGGGUCCCUGUGUGCCAUUGCGGGAGUGUUAACCAUUGCUUUACCAGUGCCAGUGAUUGUCUCCAAUUUUAACUAUUUCUACCACAGAGAGACUGAGAAUGAAGAACAAACGCAACUGAUGCAAAAUGCAGUCAGUUGCCCUUACCUCCCAACAAAUUUACUGAAGAAAUUUAGAAGCUCGUCAUCUUCGUCCACAGAGGAUAAAUCAGAAUAUUUGGAGAUGGAAGAAGGAGUUAAAGAAUCUCUUUGUGUAAAGGAGAAAAAAAGUCAGGACACAGGGAAUAGCAGUGAGUCAGAGAAGAAAAACUGUGUGAAUUCAAAUUCUGUGGAAACUGAUGUGUAAUUUCAAACGUUUCCAAAUAUAUUUAUGCAUUAAAGAGUGCAGUGAAAAGAAUGAAAUAUGCAAACAAGAGUCUACAGCAUACAGUAGUAUGCCAUUUAAUGGUCAAACACAAAUAAAAAGCAUUGCUAAACUUGUAUUACAUAUCAAGUAAGUGGUAUAACUUGAGGAAGGGAUUGCAAGAUCUGAUGUAAUUUCAGACCUUAUAUUUUUAUUAGAAUGCAAGUGUUUGCACAUGAGGCUGAAAAUUUGUUAAAACCAAGUCAGUUUUAAAGUGGGUGCAUGAACUGUCGACAUCACUAAUAACAACUCUGUGGUAAAAGUUGGCAUUCAGAGGUAUUUACUAUGUAAGAAGCAAUGAAGUUUGGUAGUCAUUUAUCUAUUUAUCAGUGCUUUAAUAGCAGCUACCAUAAAUCAUUGGAUACCAUAGUCAUUGUUUUUCAAAUGGUAAAUUUAUUGUAAAAAGAUAUUCUACAGAAGAUAGAUCUAAAUUUUUUUCUUGAACUCUAGAACGCUUGUUUUUAACUGGAAAUUUACUUUGAAAAGGCUGCUGAACCUCCAGAAAUUGUUUAUUUUUAUAACUCUCUUUGGAGGCAUUGCAGCAUUUGUUGUCUAAUAAUGAAAGAAAUGAAGUAAGAGAAUCAUUUAACCUGGUCUGACUGCAAAGGCAAAAUGACUGGAAAGCUUUUUUGCACUACUUUAUAUGCUGGAGAUAUAUUGAAAGAGACUUCAUACUGUGAAUGUUUACUAAUGUAAUAGUUCAAUGACAAUCAUUGGAAGAGAGAGUUCUGCAUCAUAUUUUAUUGUUUCUUUUUUCUUUGUGACGCUGAUGGCUAAACAGCUGACAUUACAUUAAUUCCAUACUCUUUUUAAUUAUGAAUAUCUGUGAUCUGGAAAAGGAUUGUGAAGUAAAAUUUUAUAAUCAAAAUUACUUGAAAUCAGUGUUUUCUACUGAUGCCCUCAAGAAAUACCAACCUAAUUUAUAUCUUUUUCCUGGUUGAUUUAACAUUCGGAGUCAAUGAUUAGUACAUGCACUUUGUCAGUGUUGAAGAAAUUCAAUGUAUGGGAGGAGAAUGUAGAAGUAAUAAGAUACUCAGUUGUUACAGUACGACAACUGAGAAUUGCUAACUUUUAACAUGCUAUUAUUGGUGCAGCGUUUUCCCUUAAUUACAGCUUUCACCCAUGUGUAUUUGAAGCAACAUUUAAGAUCCAAAAUAGGCAUUCUGGGAUUCAAAAAUGAACAUGUUGGGUCCUAUGUGGUCCUUGAGAAAACAUUCCGGCUUUCUUUUCACUGAUUCUUAGGCUAGCUGCAUUUUAUUGUGUGUCAAAAGCUUCCAUUGCCCUUCCUAGGAGGUUAAGGUAGGUGAAGAUUAUCUGGCCUACAGUACAUUCCAGACUCCAGAAUGAAAUAGGUAAUAUAUUGCUGCAUAUAACAUAAAUAAUAGAUUCAGAACAGGCAUUUUUUCAGACUUAAAAUUACCUAGGGAAGGCACAAUUAAACCAGAUCUGUUUUUGAAGCAGCACUGUGGAACAUUCCAGAUUAUAAAACUUGAACCAAAUUGGCAUACGCACUUUAAGGACUAGUCCAGGCCAUUAUGAGAGGAAAAGGGACCUACUGACACUACCGAGUUACAGUAGUCUUGCAAUAUUCAUUUAAAGCUGACCAGAGGGUUUUUGUGGGGCGAUGAGGAAUAGUUAGUGACUGACUUCUAGUUCUGGAGCUGAAAAUCAACGAUAAAAGCAUUGUUUGCUGUAUGCAGCAUCCAGUGGUACUGAACAGAGCUACAGACAUAGUUUUUUGUCUAAUGGUUGAUUUUUGCCUUCAUGGAUUUUCUGUGAAUCACCUCUUGGAAAAGUUUCUCUGCUUGUCGUCUUUUGCAUUGCAGAAGAACUAAUAAAACCCAACACACACACAAAAGACUGCGUUGUGCUGAGCCCUGGUUCAAAACUUGCCUUUAAAUGUCUGAUUCCUGAUUUAAAAUCAUAGAGCAGGCUUCAGUAUAUUUUUGAUGUGAAGCAUUAAACAAAGCUCCUUUUUAGUGUGGGGAUACUAAUUCCGACUGUUUUGAAUGAAACAACUCAGUAAUUUUCUACAUAGGCAUUUGCCAAAAUUGAGAAUUGCAUUUUGUUGUAGCUUACUUGAGUUAAAUGUACUAAAUACUUCUUUUCUGCAGGGGCAAUAUCAGCAGUAAGAAUGAACAUUCUGUAAAAAACGGCAAAAUUCCAUGACUGAAACUGUUCCUUUAACGGCUAGUAGUUAAUGAUGUAAAGACAAGGGUUCUCUUCUAAACUAGCUUGUUCUGUAUAAUACCAGGGACCACAGCAAGAAUGUAGAAGUAAAAGAAAUACUAACUAGGUAAAUGCAGAACUUAGAAAAUAAGUAGUACAUGUUUGCAGUAUUGACCUGUUGAAAGGUAAGGUGGAAUUUUAGAUCUUUAAUGCAAAUAAGGAAGAAAACUCUUUGAAUGACUCUUAGAAUAUGUUCACGCUGUGGUCAUGGAGCUCAGCAUGAGUUGACUGCCUAAGUGGUUACCCAGCUUCCCCAGCAAGUUGUUCAGCUAUUCUGCUACCAGUACACAACCUUUUAAUUUGAAACAAGCGUAGCGAUGUCCACAUUGUGCUGUGCUCAUAGCAGUACCUUACCCUCCGAAGGAAAAGGUCUUGCUGUAGGACGUCAUAGCAGUUGGCAAAGCAAUGUUCUGGGUGUGUCAGCACUACGUACUGCAGUACCGCAGGGAUGUAUCCUAAGAUGUACCUCCUGCAGUGAAUAAACGUGUAUUUUUGUCAUUAGAAAUAAGAACUAUUAUAGGUUAAUGCCAGAUUGUGCUAUCAGUUUGGCAGACCAUUCUCAGUUGAAGUGUGCCAGAGAAACCCUGUAUUUGAGCUGCUAUGGCUCCAAGUUACUACUGCUGCUUCUCUCAGAGCUUUCCCACUGUUACCGGGCACUGGCAACUCUCAGGAAAAUAAUUUUAUCAUCACUUGGGCAUUUUACAUCUUAAAUUAUAAUGGUGAAAUGCAUUCUUGGUGUAACUGACAUGAAUGGAGUUACACUAGGGAUCAUUUUAGUUCUGCUAAUGUAGUUCAGAUGCUUUCACAUUGACAUACAUUUCAGCUAAAAAUAAUGCAAAAUGAGAUAUUUUGAUAUUUCAGGUUCACUUGCAGUGGUGAAAAAAAUUGGAGGAGUUCCAUUAGAAUUCAUGGAAUCACAGCAGCAUCAAAUCAGAUUUCGAAUAUAGGCUGAUACUUAACUGUGUACUGGUAUUUAUUUAAAGAAAUUCCCAAGUGUUUUUAUAGUAAUUUUUAGUGCCAAGGCCAAACUCAUAAGGAGAGAGUUUUGGCAGCUGAAGUAUUGGAUUUAAUGCCUGACUUGGAAGUUCCAUAAUUUUUUUUUCUUUAUUAUAGUUGUGGAGUUUCCCGAUAUUACAUUGAUUCCUUAAAAAUUUCAGCCUGGAUGCUGAAACUUACAUAAAAAGAAGUGUUGUUUCAUGCUCUUAGGAUGUUCUUAGUGAAGUUUUUUAGUGUUCAGUUCAGCUUCCCUCGGAAUGAUUCAACAAGAGGCCAAUUUCAUUUGAUGGAAAGUAUAAUUUUUUUUGUUUAAAUUUGAGGGGAAAUUCUUCUGCUUCCAUGAUUUGUUGUUUAGAGCACGUUUCUGUGAUGAUAGUGUAAUGCAAAAUAGGUUUGGGAGAUCAAGGGAGUUAAAAAACCCACUGCCAUCAUGAUUACAUCUGAUUCAUGACAAGAGUGUUUGGGAAUACUUAAAGGCAUUAUGGACUUCUCAUGGUCAUUAAAAAAAGGGAUUUGAGUGUGUUUUCAGACAGUAAAACUAUUCAAAUAGCUUUGGAAUGUGGAAAUUAUUUUGCAUAAUACUGAUGUGCAGAGUUCGGGACGAGGCCAUAACCUUGAAUGAGGGAUCAGUAUUUUGUAACUCCUGACAUGGAAGGUUCCUGUCAAGUACAGUUUCAGGUGUUGAAAGUCAUUUGGCUAGGGAUGUGAAAAAUAGUGCUAAGCUAUCCAAGAAUAUGAAAUACUUCAUCUUCAUAUUUGGAUAAAUGUAGGAUAAAUGUACUAUGAAAAACCAGCAAAAUAUCAGAAAGUCUAUUCCAUGUGUGACUAGUUUGUGGAAAGUCUUUCUUGCACAGCACUGAAAAAUGAAACGUGUCUUUCUGGUGAUCCCGGACUCGUAAAACUAAUUCCGAGUGUGAAUUUUUAGCAUAAGCUUUACACUUUAUUGGUAGUCCUCAAAUUAAAUAUGAACUAUUAAUGGUGCUUUAGGCUAUCUCACUACCUUCCUCUGACAGUUUCUUACUGGUUCCUUAUUUCUUACUGUCAUUGUGUCCCAUUAUAAAUACAGGCCUAUUUUUUUUAAGUGAUGUGAGACAGUAACAAAUAAAAAUGAAGAUUUUUUUUGGUUUUUUGAGAAAAUAAAUCUAUAACAUCCAACAUAUAAGUAACAUAUUUUUCUUAUCAUUAAAUAAACUUAAAUGACAGUCUGUAUUAUCUGUAGACAUGGGAGAAAAUAUGCGUUUUCCUGUUGCUAUAGCUGAAUUAUCAAACUCUCCUGAUUUUGCAGUGAAUAAUAUCUAGUUUAUAGAUUUAUCAUAUUUGCGGCUCUGUUUGAAACAAAUGCAUGUAGAAAAAUUGGCAAUUAAAAAAAAAAACAACAUUCCUUCAUUUUAACAGAGAUCAUCUAAUGUGGAAAAACAAUUGACAAAUCAGUUUUGGGUUAAAGCGCAUAAAUGUUUUGUACCAGCAACCACGUACAAACAUAAAACUUUACGUAUUGCUACCAUGUUUUCCGGGUAUUCAGAACUCUGAUGAUGUUAAUUCUGAAGGAGAACUCAUUAAGGCAUUAUGUACUGCAAUCGUUAAAUUAGUUUUUAUUUUUAAUCCUUUUCUGUAAGAUUGUAAUGUACUUUGAGACCUUUUUCUGCAACAAGUCCUUUGGAAAAUAAAUACAUAAGUAUAUAAGAAGGAAAAAAGAUAAAGUACAUGUCAAAAUCUGGUAAAAUAUUCUAAUUGAGGGAAAGUAGGUAAGUAAAUUUUUUUCCUUCACUUGUGCAUUUGUGGUAUUACCAUUGAAAACAAACUGGGGGAAAAUUUGUUGACCAGAUGUGCAGUUGCAGGAGGGGUGGCUUCCAGGUGCCCUGUGAUCUCAGGGGCAGCAGCAGCUGCAUCUUGGGUCAGCGGCUGCUCCUGCUUCAUGCUGCUGGGAAGAUGCUCAUCACACUGGGCGGGAGAGGGUCCUGUGGAGUGUUUAGCUUGUCUGGUAAAUCCAUGCUCCUACCACAACUAUCCUUUCAGAGUGCAAAACAGUUUUUAAAGUUGAUCUGAUACCGUGGAAACGUUUUUGACAGGGAGGUCUCAAAGGCUCCAGUCUGCUUGUUCCUCAACUACAGAGGGACUUAGGUCCACACUCACAAAAUAUGCUUUUAGACACCCAAAUUCCAUUCAUUUCAUUAGGAAUUAGGUUGCAAAAUGACUCUGGCAUCUGGGACCAAGUGAUUUCCUCAGGAUCUAAAGGAAGACUCUGGUGGAGCAGGUUUUCCAAGUGUUACAGUUAUUCCCUAAAGAGUGUAGGAAGUGACAGCACAUAUUCAAGAUAGAUUUAGGUCUCUCUUUGUUUUUAAUCUCUUGUUCAAAUGUUCCUGGGGCAUUUUUGUUGAGAGGAGGGAGGGGGAUGGAUAGAUUCAGUGAGGUAUGUCAGAAGCAUCUUUAAUUUUAGCUAGAUACUUUUUUCUCUUCUUAGCAGUCAGAAUAAGCAAAGGGUUUUUUUUUAUUUAUUUAGACCUAACACUUCUUAUACAUGCCUUUUCAGUGGGAGAACAUACACUGACUUUGAAUUUAUCAUCUUGGACGUUAAUGAUAGCUUUCAAUUCAGAAAAUCCAAUGAAAUAUAUUCAGUACCGCUCCUGUAUUUUGAAUUUAAGUAUGCUGGCUUUGAGUCCAAUGCUCUUGCGCUGAAGUCAUGUAGAAUUUCUUGUGUCAAUAGCAGACAGUGCUUUACCUGCUGUUGCAGAACAUGACAACUGAGAAGACAAUUGCUUUUCCUUGUUGGUGUUUAUAUUGAUAGGAUUUGAUGCAGACUUAUGCCAUAGAGGAGGGAUGUUCCAGAGCACUUCACUGCAUGUUUAUCUUCAUUGCUAGGUGAGCAACUCUCCAUGAUAUUCUUUGGAGAGAUAUCCAACCAUGUAUAUGGGGAAAGAGCAUUCCCUUUUCUCUUUGGCCUUGAACAAUCGGAGGACAAGGCCUGCUUGGUACACUGGGGUACAGACUUGACCUCCGCUGUAGAUUCAACCAUGUUUCUCAUUUCUGUUCCAUAUAGAUCAGUGAAGGUUUGUUUUCGGUCAGAGCCCAUGAUAUCUGUCCUUGACGUGCUUCAUCCGCUAUAUGAAUGAACUUUAAUUUCUGCCUUUUGUUGUCUCCCUAUCAGUACAGCUUUGUAAUGAAUUCAGGGUGUCGUGCAGUGACAGUUUCUUGUUGAACAGUGGAGCCUGAAUACAGAAAACCGCAAAGGACCGUUGAUAUGAAAUAAAGGUACCUUUUGUUUUUCUGCCCAAGUACAGUAAGAUAUGUUUGUAUUGCAACAACUUGUACAUUCCACAGACUGUACAUUUCAGGGUAAAUAAGUCCUGUUUCAUUAACGGGCUUGUACUUUCAAGGUGUCCCCAAUUCACCCUGAAUUAAUUCAUUUAAGUCUCAAGCAUGAAGGAGGAUGAUCCCUCUUUGCAUUCAAAAUGGCAAGGCAUUGUUAUAAAGCAGAAAUCUCGCAUAUUUCUCAGGUUAAAGGAGGCUAAGGAAUAGUAGCUUUUCUGUUAAAGUCUUUCUUAAAUGUUUGCUGUAGAUAAACAUAUUAAGGAAAAUAGGGCUUCAUCACAGGGAAGAGGUAGAAAAGAUUUGUGGUUGCAUGUUUAAAGGCCAUCAUCAUAUUUUACUGUGUGCCAAAUGACAAGCUCAGAUAAACAUGAUUCUAGCAAGAAUCUCGUCCUACUACAGAGAGUAUAGUAGAGGUAUCGUAUAGCAAUUUCUACUUCAGGAUUUAGUUCUGUAUACGUUUAUUUCUGUUAAUUACUUAUAAGCACUGUUGCUAUUAGGACUUAAGGAUCACAAAAUUAAGACAAAGAUGCUAUAAGGAUUUCAGUAAAAGAGAGGAACAGUGAGAUUUAAUGCUUCUGAGUAUCUUCUAGAAAAAUAUUGCUAUUUUGGUGCCAUUUAAUUUGUGAACAUCUGCUCUAAUAAGUGGUGUGAUGAUUCAGCAGGUUAGGAGGCAGAAAUGUUUUCUCUGGCUAGUAAAAUAUUUUUUGUUACUCAUAACUUAAUGGAGGAUUAGCAUUUUUCCCAGCUUUGAAAUAUGCGGAAAAUGUGAAAAGACACUAGUAAGUAGAAAUGUUUCUAUUUUGUUGCUCUUUGACCUAUAUUACAAGAAAAUAUUUCCAGAGUUGAUUGGUAGUACUGGACAACUCAAUGCUUAAAUGAAAUGGAGUGUAAAGAGAGUCAGACCACUGUUUUUGAGAAUUUCUACCCUGAUGGCUUGACUGAUUUUGUUUCUUUGGUAGGAAAGAAAAAGUUAUAUUUCAGCCUUUUUGAUUUCUGUGUUUUUUUGUAGCUUUGCACUAUACCUAACAGAGGUAGCCAGAGAAUCCACAAUGUUUUCAAGCAUCAUCUUGGUUGUACUAGCACAUGAAACAAUAUGCGUGGUUUGAAAGCUUUGCUUAAUAGUCGGGCAUCUUAGAUUGUCUGAAGAAAUACUCCUAAUCCUUUCGACCUCGGUUCUAUGCCUGAAAAGCUUCUCUUGAUUUUGGGCUAACACUGAAAACGCACGUGAAUGACAAUUUGAGGUGGUAAAAGAAGGGUUAGGGAGCAGCAAGGGCUGGCGCCUUCCUUGGGGCUGGGGAGCCAGGACCUGGGGACGAUUGCACCACCAUCGGGGCUGGGACCUCACCAGCUGGGGUCUGUCCCACCCAACAGGGCACAGCCAGUGGGGGCACUCAAGGGCAGCCCAGGCUCAGUCCUGCAGCACAGGCCAAGUUUAAAUGGGACUCCUGGCCACACAGGCAGGAGGUGUGGGUGGGGGGCACCAGGUGAGGCUAUUGAGGGCUCUUAAGGCCUAUUAGAGCAUUCUGGGCCCUGACAAAAACUUUGCAUUUCCUGGUAACCUUAUUUAUUAGGUCUAGGUCUGCUCCGGUAAGAUGCAGUUGUGGCUCAAGGUUUGUAUUGUUCAAUCAAAACUUGAAACUGUUUUUCAGGGCUUUAAACACUGGGAAAUUGUUGAGCUUUCUGCUGCUCUUUAUUAACCUGAUCUAGUUGAAGAUGUCCCUGUUCGCUGCAGGGGGGUUGAACUAGAUGGCCUUUAGAGGUCCCUUCCAACCCAAACUAUUCUGUGAUUUUUGGCUUGUAAGCGUCCCUAGGUCUUAUUUCUUCAGCAUUAUAUUGCAAGCUUUGCUGACACCAAUGCUGUGCUGCUGCUUGAAUUUUAUAGGCAGCUUACUUGUGCUGAUAGGCCAGAAAGUCUUCAAAGGCAAAGCUGGUUUUCAGCUGUUGAAUGGAUGUGUCCUGAAGAUGCUCUCAUUUAUUACUGGGAAGCUGGGAAAGAAUUAAUGAUGAUCUAAUUUGGAUUGACAUCUAGAAAGCUGUUAAAGAGUCAUGUGUAGCACUUUUAAAUCUUUUGACCGAGAUUAUUAGAUUUUUGCUGUGCUUUUGGUAGCUGGUGUCACUGUUGGAACUGUAGCAGAUGUUGGUAUUAGGCAAACAUGCUCAGCCAUUUGAACUAUCUAGAAAUUUUUGUCUUGUGUGUAUUAUAAGGUAUCUCUGGUACAGUCAUUUUGUGAUAAUGGUUGAAAUACUUGAGAAGAUGUCUAAAAAUGAGCAUUUUUUACCCUAAAUCCAGUUUUUCUUAGUGUUUUAUAAAUAGGAGAAAAAAAUAAUUCUGUAGCCUGAUAUAUUAAUGAAAAACAUGCUGGGGUUGUGUUCUUUACUUACUCUGUUUGCCAAGGGUGGGAGGUCACCCAUGUGGCUUGUACAUAAGUUGUCAAUGUAGAAUAUGACUGGUUAAAAAGGAGUCAUAUGACCCGGAAUGUCAUAUUUUCAAAGAAAGUCAGAGUGGUUUUGCCAAUACUUACGCACACAGAUGAGAAACCACACGUAUUUGAGAGGCAGAGUGUUCUGACAGAAGAGUUUUCAUGAGACUAUCCCCACGUGCAGACAUAAAAGUGCUGGAGAAUUCCAAAGUCCCUCUCAGACCAAACACCAAGGGUUAUGUUCUGAGGAUCACAAAGCAAAACUCCACGUCUUUCUCACAGAGCCUUCAGCCACCCUCAUCACCUCCCUAGCCCACCGGCAGUCCCAGGGAGGAGCAAUUAUAAGCUAUGGAAAUAUGAAAGGGAAGGAGAAUAUCCAUUCCAAACCAUGUAGAUUAAAAGCCUUAAUCAAAAGGCAGCAAUGUAUUGCAAUGCCUGCCUUCAUCUUCCUCUUCUUCUUGGGAAGGGACUUCUUGAAUCAUGGCCAUCUGCAACCUCUCGGCUUUCCCUGAACACCCAGUGUUUGGUACAGUGCUGUGAACGUUCUCUGGAUCCUUUUUCUGUGAUGAGCAUGUCAUUUAUGUAGCUGUUUGGGGUAAAUGAGUCCAAACAGAUUCAGGAACUAAGUCCAGAAUGACAGAAAACUUUGCAAAUUCUACAUACUAUGAGCAAAGUUAAGGGUUUUUUGUUACUGUUUUUCAGGAGCUGCUGUUAAGAAUGUUAUGUCAAUUAUAAAAGUUUACAGCUGCCCCCAAAGGUAGAUUCAUUAUUAUAUCCUUUCCAGCUUUUGACUUGUUAUAUCUUGAACCUUCCUAUUUCUAAUGCCUGGUAUUUUACAUUAUAAAGGAUUAAAAGCUUUUUCCCACUUGGAAUUCAUUUUUAUAAAUAGGCAGUUUACGUUGCAUAGCUGCAUGUUGGGCCAUAGUGGUUUGAAUAAUAUGUCAGUGGUACCCAGUCCGUAGAAGAAGAAAGGGCUGCAGUAAAGUCCUACUUUAGUGAACUGGAAGAGCUGCCUGGUGAUGCCAGGUGAUCCUUGCUGCUCCAGCAGAAGCAGCUGCUCAGCUCAAACAGAAAAACGAGCUGUUGCGUUGCUCCAGGCCUGUGUGCUGUCUGCUCACACACUGUGCAAUGCUGAGGAUAGAUUCCUUGAGCUGAUACAGCUAGUAACAGACACUUGUUUUUCACAUUGAUAAUGAGCUUCAGACACUUGAGAGAAGUGCGUUUAAACCCCAGUAUUAAUGACUUUGCUUCUGCAAUAACCCAUGGUGUUUCACAUUGUGAAAAAGCUUUGCUUUGUUCUUUGUGAAAGUGCAGGCACCUCUCUCUUUUCCUGCGAGAUCUACAGAUCGGAGUCUUGCCUGAAAUCAGUUAAGGUGGCUCAUGUUUCUGUUUUACUACAUAUUAUUACGCAAAUAAAUACUUAUGAUAGAAACGCGUUCAAAAUUGUAUUGUUCCCACCCCAUACAGGCAAGCAGGCUCUCCAUGCUAAACAUUACCCCAAAACUGAAACAAAAACCACAACUAAAAAAAAAAACCCUAAAAAAUUGUUUAACUAUAUAGAUUAUCUUGUAAAUAUAUAUACAUAUGUAUACAUUCGUAUGUAGAAGUAGGCAUCAAGCAGGACAUUAAAUUCUGCAGGAUUAAGACCCUGUUUAUGAAGAUACAAAAAUCUGCAGCAUUUUGCAGAACCAGAUCCUGAAAAAUCAGAACCAGGGAUGUGUAGGAAACUGAGCUUAGGAGCUUGGCUUCAUCUCUGUUUAUAGCACUGGCUGUAUAGAAGUAGCCUUUGUUUUUGGGAGAGGGAGUAGGUCAGCAACGCAGAAGACAGAAGUGGGAUUGUGAGUAUGUUAACGUGGCAGAGCUCAUACAGAACAUGCUCAGGUACUGGAGCCAGUUCUGAACUAAUUUGCUCAGGAGCUGGGGCAGCCUGGCUCGGCAUACAAGGGAGGGAUGUUUGUGUGGAUCACUAUGAAAUGUAUCUCUACUAUUUCCUCUCCUAAGAUAACGCAAAUCCCUUUGAAUGCCAAUACAUUGUGCUAGAGAGAUAUUUUUUCUACACUUGUUCAUCAGCUUUUGUAAAUUAACAUAACAUUUGUGGAUUUGUGGCAUACUUUUCUUGAAGCUUUUUCAUUUAUUUUCUUAAAGGGGUGGAAUUAAAAUGAAAAAGAACAGCUAUGUGGAAGAGUGGGUCUUUAGGGUAGUUUGAUGUUGUAGGUAUUUUUGUUGUGGAUGGUGGUUUUUUGUGAUUUUUUUUCUUAUUUUAUUUGUUUGUUUGUUUUGUGAACCAAAACGUGAAAGGACAUUUGUUUGCUUCACGUUUUUCUUAAUAUAAGAUAAGCAAAGAACAGAGGCAUUUUUUAGAGUCCAAUACAACAUUCCCCCAUCCAUUAGAUUAAUAUUAAUUUUUGUUUGGAUUCACUUUUUGUUUUCUUAAUGUUGAGGCUGUUGCAGACAACAAGGUUGGGUACUCUAAUUCUAAUAUAAUGAAACUGAGAAUAGAGGAGAAGGACUUGUAACUUUUAUUACUGCGUGCUUUACAGACAUUACUCUUAGGCAUAAUGUGUACAGUACAUUGAACAACCAGGUUUAUUAGGAAUAUGUGUGUAUAAGAUGCCUCUAAGCAAUGAAAGCUUUGGGCUGUUCGGUCAGAUCUUUAAAUGAUCAAUUGAUUUACUUAAUAGCAAGCACUGGCAUUCGUUUGAUAUUAACUGAGUUUUGUAUUUUCUGUAGACAAAAGGAGCUGAAGGAAACAGAAUUUUACAACUCUUAGGAAACAGUGUUUAAUUGCAUACCUACUUAUUUUCUGUUCUGGAGAAAUGAUAUAGUUGUUAUUUUAGGAUGACUGGAUUUUAUUGACGUGAGGCUACUUGUCAGAAAAAGGACACAACUAUCCUGUUCCACUGACAAUUUUUGUUUUCUCAAAAUAUUUCUGUAUUUUUCAUAUCAAACGUGAUGUUUUUUCCCCACCAGAUGUCACACAAACAAGCCAUAAUUAUGCAGGCACGUAUGCAGUGUACUGGAGUGCAGGGAACCUGCUUAAUGACAACUAUUGACAAACGCUUGCUGAAUGCUGUACUUGUAUGUAUACAGCAUUUACUGUUCCAAACCACCCACAGUUAUUUCUGUUUAGAGAUUUAUAUACUCGGUAAUAUUUUAUAUUUUCAGCAUAUACGAAGGAGGUAUUGUAUUAAUUGGAGAAAAUACUGACUUUUAAUGCUGUAAUUAAAUUUACCACAGAGUUUCUCA